ACACACAAGUGUAACUGAGCGUGUCCUCAGCGUCAACAGCGCACAUAAAGUCUUGGAGUAAACGCUCAGAUGUUGACUGCGUGCGUGACGCGCCGCGGUGACGCUCAGCAGCAGAUGCGCGUUUGUUCCACACGAUCCACCUUAAAGCCAGAGCUAGUCCACCCCUCCUGCAUCGGCCCCAUGAUCCUCUUUCAUUCAUCAGUAUGUGUGUGUCUGUGUGUGUGUGUGUGUGCGCGCAAAAACAGCGCACGCAUCUGAUCCGACACACUCACGCAGAGUCUGACGCGGCGCACGGACGCUAAACCAGCGGCGAACGCGCUUCAUUCGUGGAUUUAACCGGAUUCCUUCUGCUUUUCCCCGCGGAGUUUCCUCUGGAUGUUACUCUCGCUGCACUGCGCUGAUUUUUGGCCUCGCUCUGGACAUAUUGAUGGAUGUUUGGCACACGGACCGAUGGAUUUGACAUUUUGGGAGUCUGUCUGUAGGGUGUCAGAUGAACGUUGCAUCUGUGUUGUUUGGAGUUGCUGAUCGUGUCUCAUGGAUCGUCACGGUCAGCGCGGAGGAAGCCUCCCAUCCGGUGCCAUCCUGUCCCUGGACCAAAUCAAAGCCAUCCGCUCAUGCAACGAGUACACGGAGGGCCCGGCUGUAGCUCCCAGACCGGCCCCGGGGCCUCCACCGCGCAACACAGAUAAGCAGGAGAGGACUCACGAGAUGAUCCUGGUGAAUGUGAAUAACAACUACGAGCACCGAGUGGUGCAUCCGCCAGCACUCAGCAGAUCCACGAGCUCCGGGAGCAACAGCAGCGACGGAUCGGAGCAAGGCCUGCUAGCGCCGUCACAUUAUCGCAAUCAGGCCGUACGGACUCAGCCGAAAUCUCUGAAUGCAUCCAUGCAUCCGUUUCUCCCACCGGACGUUCCUCUCAAACAGGAAAAACUGGACUCGGCGCAUUUAUACAUCUGCGAGAGUUGCGGGAAAUGCAAAUGCAGCGAAUGCACGGCGCCUCGUGCGCUUCCGGCGUGCCUUGCAUGCAACGGACAAUGCUUGUGUUCGGCUGAAAAUGUCGUGGAGCAUGGGACAUGCAUGUGUUUGGUCAAAGGGAUUUUUUAUCAUUGCUCAAAUGAUGAUGACGUUGGCGACCCGUGCGCGGACCGGCCGUGUUCUCUGUCGCAUCCGCAGUGCUGCUCGCGCUUUCUGUGCAUGGGACUCAUGUCAGCGCUCUUUCCGUGUCUGCUGUGUUACCUGCCUUCUAAGGCUUGCGUGAAAGCGUGCAACUCGUGCCACGACCGCGUGAAGCGGCCUGGAUGCCGCUGCAAGAACUCUAACACCGUUUACUGCAAGCUGCAGAACUGGAACCAGACGCCCGGACAUGCGCCAGGAAAACCGUCCUGAGAAAUCGCAUGUAUUUCUUUAGCUUAAAAAAGCUGGUUUUGCUGCUGCAAGAUGCGGAAAUUGCAAAUAGGGUGGGGCUGGGGGAGGAGUUAUGUAAAUGAGUGCCUGAUAAGCUCCGCCCCUCAUGGCGCAGAAGAACCACUCGUUUGUUUUCUGAACCUGGCUGCGUUCCACUCCACUUUUAAACACACACUUGCGAACUUCCCUGAGCACUUCCCCUCGGGGGAAUGCCACUUUAAAGUGAGUUUCACUUGGACCGAUUUUGACCGAGGGAGCGAGUCUGCUUCAUAUGUACACAUCAGGCUGCUCCAUAGACAACAAUGCAACACAAUUAUGACGUCAUCGCAGAUCGCGUUUAAUUUAUCCCCACCCCAAACAACUCUACACUCUUAAAAAUAAAGGUGCUUCACGAUGCCAUAGAAGAACCUUUUUUUGUCUAAAUGGCUCCAUAAAGAACCUUUAACAUCUGAAGAACCUUUCUGUUUCACAAAAUGUUCUUUAUGGCGAAAGAAGGUUCUUCAGAUUAUAAAAAGAUAAGAAAGAGAUGGUUCUCUAAAGAACCUUUGACUGAUGAAUGGUUCUUUGUGGAACCAAACAUGGUUCUUCUAUGCCAUCCCUUUAAGCACCUUUAUUUUUAAGAGUGUAUAAUAUAUAUACAGAAAGUUGCACCAAACAAAUUCGUAAGGGGGAAAAAUGUAAACAAUAAAUCAACCCCAUAACCAAUUCUAAGUGAUCAAGGGCUUAGGACAUUUCAAUUCAGCCUAUUAUAUUGCAGUAGUGGGCACUCAUGUAUAACGGAGGGAAGUUUGUGAGUGAAGGGCAUAAAAAAUGGAGUGGAACGCAGCCCCAGGGUUUGCCUUACCUGACUGUGUACAGCUACUAUCUAACACGCGACGGUGCUUUGAAACGCCUCGUACCAAACCUGUGAAGGACUUGUGAUGUAGCUGUUAUCGGAUCUACAGACGAUCUUUUGUUCUGAAACUGUCUGUUCGUUCUCAUGGAAAGAUGUACGUUCAAAUGCGCAAGAGGAAUUUACGGCUAUUUUUUAAAAGGAAAUGUUAAGACUGUUAAAUCUUUUUUCGUUGUUGUUGAUGUUGUAAAAAAUAUUUAUUAUGUGAAGCUCUAUUAUUUUAUGGUAUUUAUUGCAAAGGACAGAUUUACUCAUGUCUGAAUAUAACAAAAUAUCAACACUUACUGCAACAUGAAAGAAUGGAGAAACAGAUGGAAACAUGUUAACUUUAAUGCAAAAAUAUACAAGUUAAUGCAAAA